AUCAGACAUUACUACUAAUACAACUAAUAAUAAUAAUAUUUCUAAUUUAACAGAAAACCUAUCGGAAAAGUUUAUCUAUAUAUGAGGUGGUGAAGAUUUAUCAAAAUGGUUGUCUGAAUGUUAUAAAUAUAAUAAAUUCACAAAUGUUUGGCAAUCAAUACAAUCCAUGUCUACUACUAGAAGUGAUUUUGGUUUAGUUUCAUUGGAUUCAAAAUUAUAUGCAAUGGGCGGCUAUAAUUCUAAAGCUAGAGAUAAUAGUGUUGAAACAUAUGAUACGCAAACAAAUACAUGGAAAUCGGUUUCAUCGAUGAAUAUAUUACGAAAUGAAUUUGAUUCAGCAGUAAUUAGUAAUACUAUUUAUGUUUGCGGUGGAGGUAAUGAUAAAUAUUUUAAAUCAUGUGAAUAUUAUUCACUAAACAUUAAUAAAUGGCAUUUAACAACACCUAUGAAUGUUGAAAGAUGUGGUUUAGGAUUGGUAUCACACGAGGGGUUUCUGUAUGCUAUCGGAGGUCGUAAUGGAAAUGGAUAUUUGAAUUCAAUGGAAAUGUUUGAUACAAAAACAAAACGAUGGAUUCCUAAGGGAAAUAUGGAAUACCAAAGAGUAUUUUUUGGUUCGGUAUCAUUUACGGGCAAAAUAUAUGUUUGCGGCGGUUAUAGUAAUACUGAUGAAAAAACAUGUGAAACAUAUGAUCCAAAAACAAAUCAAUGGACACCAAUUGCUUCAAUGAAAACUAUAAGAUCGUCCUUUAAAUUGAUUGCUUUCGAUGAAAAUCUAUAUGCUUUGGGUGGCUAUUCAUAUACAGAUAAUGUAUAUAUUGAUUCGGUUGAAGUAUACGAUCGUUAUUCAAAUGAAUGGUAUUAUACGACAUUAUUACCAAAAAAAAUGAAAUCAUUUAGAAUUUUUAAUUCAUGUGAAUAUUAUUCACCAAACAUUGAUAAAUGGCAAUCAACUACAGCUAUGAAUGUUGAAAGAUAUGGUUUAGGAUUGGUAUCAAUCAAUGAAGGGUUUCUGUAUGCUAUCGGCGGUCGUAAUAUAAAUGGAUUUAUGAAUUCAAUGGAAAUGUUUGAUACAAAAACAAAACAAUGGAUUCCUAAGACAAAUAUGGUAUACCAGAGACAAAAUUUUGGUUCGUUAUCAUUUAUGGGCAAAAUAUAUGUUUGCGGCGGUCGUGGGGGUAAUAACGAUGAAACAUCGUGCGAAACAUAUGAUCCGCAAACAAAUCAAUGGCAACCAAUUGCAUCAAUGAAAACUCGUCGAUCAUAUUUCAAAUUGAUUGCUUUCGAUGAUAAGUUAUAUGCUUUAGGAGGCUAUUCAACAAUAGUUAAUCAAUAUAUUGAUUCGGUUGAAUUAUAUGAUCAUAAUUCAAAUCAAUGGUCAUAUACGACAUCAUUGCCACAAAAAAUGCGAUCAUUUGGGGUAUAA